AUGGCGCAAGCCGCUGUGGGCGCGUCCUACAACAACCCGCUGAAGAAGUUCAAGCUGGUGUUUUUGGGCGAACAGAGUGGUAUGUACACUAUGCUCCCCGCUGCGGUUUUUAAAUGGGUGCCUUUGUUAGGCUGUUACCAAAUGUUUGAGGUGAAAGAAGGGAACCAGGACGAACAAAGGCUAACCAGGGAUUUAUAUGCAGUCGGCAAGACAUCUCUCAUCACCCGGUUUAUGUACGACUCGUUCGACAACAUGUACCAAGCGACGAUCGGCAUCGAUUUUCUGUCAAAGGCAAGCAAUCGGCGGUGUUGUGGCGUCCCGGCUCCGGAAUCGGCAUCGGGCGGAUAA